CAGAAGGGCCCAGGCCGGGCUUGGAGAGCUCAGCUGGGACCGCAUGGUCAGAGGGACAGGAGCGGGAAGGCAGGACCAUGUGGCUGCCCCCUGCUCUGCUCCUUCUCAGCCUCCCAGGAUGCUUCUUCUCCAUCCUGGGCCCAGUGUCAGUGAGAGGCCCAGAGCAGGGGUCAGUGACCGUGAAAUGUCACUAUAACCCAAGAUGGAAGGCUUACAACAAGUGGUGGUGUCAAGGAGCAAACUGGAAUGUUUGCCGGAUCCUCGUUCAAACCACAAGGUCAGAGAAAGAAAGGAAGAGUGGCCGGGUGUCCAUCAGAGACAAUCAGAGAAAUCACUCGUUUGAAGUGACCAUGGAGAGGCUCAGGCAAGAGGACACGGACACAUAUUGGUGUGGAAUUGAGAAAAGGGGAACUGACCUUGGGGUAAAAGUUAUAGUGACUGUUGACCCAGUGGAAACUGCCUCCUUGUCUCCUACGUCACCCUCCAGGCCUGAAGAGAUGAUGUCCUCUGUCUCCUACCAAAGGACCCACUACAUGCUCCUGGUGUUUGUGAAGGUGCCUGCCUUGCUCAUCUUGGCCGGUGCUGUCCUCUGGCUGAAGACACCUCUGAGAGUCCCCAAGGAACAAUGGAGACAGCCUAUCAGAAUGAAUUUGAACUCAGAACGUCUCACCAAAGACACGGCUCCUUAGACCAGGAGAUAAGUGGAGCACCCCCAUGUUACACCCCACUUUCAGAGACCUGGGCUGUGGAAGAAUUCCUCCCAUGUCCUCAGCAGGACAGUGACUGAUGCUGGCCCACAGAGGCCGGGACCUCCGCUCCGCACAGCUUAGGGCAUGGCCCCGGCCCCUCCUGAGCUGUCAUGGCACCUGCAUGGCCUUGCUCCUGCUUCUUUAGGAAGCAGACAUCACAUCCCACCUACCUUUCCAGGGCUGGCUCAGGGUCAGGGCUGCCAGGAUGGAGUCCAACCUGCUGUGGCCCCUGCCGGAAAAGCUCAGGCAAAACCUGGGACAGAAGCGACGAGAGGGCAGAAGGGACUCACUCCACACUCUCCUGUUAAA